AUGGAAGAGCUGGUGGACUGUGGACUGGUAAAAGCCAUUGGAUUCCCCAACUUCAACCAUAAGCAGGUUGAAGGAAUCUUGAACAAGCCAGGACUGAAGCAUUAGCCUGCAAAUGUCCAGAUUGAAUCUCAUCCAUACCUCACCCAGGAGAAGCUGAUUAAGUAUUGUCAGUCCAAAGGGCUGGCUAUGACUGCAUACUGUCCCCUUGGCUCUCCUGACAGACCAUGGGCUAAGCCUGGGAAUCCUUCCCUUCUGGAUGAUCCCAGGAUCAAAGAGAUUGCAGCCAAGCACAAAAAAAAAACCUUGCAGGUUCUCCUUCGCUUCCAGAUCCAGAGAAAUGUGAUUGCGAUUCCCAAAUCUGUCACCCCACAGCGCAUUGUCGAGAGCUUCCAGGUGUUUGACUUUGAACUGACUGAAGAGGAGAUAACAACUAUUCUGCCCUUCAACAGAAACUGGAAGAUCUGUGAAAUGAACAUGUAAGUGAUGCUGCUUGUUUUCUUCUAAAUCUUAAAUUCUGAAUAUUCUUUACAAGGAAUUUUGUAUCACAGCUUCUAGGUAACAUGAAAUUCAAUUUUUUUAAAAAUCACGCCAACUCAAACUCCAACUGGUU